UUGUAGAUGCCAGGCCUAAAACAUAGCAAAAUGUAGUUUCUGUCGGUUUUCUAAAGCAUCUACCGAUUCUUUUUUAACCUUUCUUAAAAAAUAGUUAUACCCAUACAUUAUUGAAUUCCCAUGGAUUUUUUUAAGGAAAUUUCUUUCAGGAAUUUGAUUUUUAACUGUUUAAAUCACACAUUUUUAUAGUUUUGAACUUGAUUAAAAUGAAAGAAGUGCAUUUAUGACUGUGUUUUGAAUAUAAUGGACAAAAAGAUGAAACGACCGCUACGAAUAAAGAUUAUUAGCAUGGGAAAUGCUGAAGUUGGAAAGAGUUGCAUCAUCAAAAGGUAUUGUGAAAAACGAUUUGUCCACAAGUAUCUAGCUACAAUUGGAAUUGACUAUGGAGUUUCAAAGGUCACAAUACAAAAUAGAGAUGUGAAAGUGAAUAUUUUUGACAUGGCUGGGCAUCCCAUAUUUUAUGAGGUAAGGAACGAGUUCUACAAGGACACACAGGGAGCUAUCCUUGUGUACGAUGUUGCUGAUCGUGCCAGUUUUGAGUCCCUUGACCACUGGCUACUGGAGAUGCAGAAUGAGAUUGGAAACCAGGCUGACCACGACAAUGUCGUUAUUUGUGUCUGCGCUAACAAGACUGACAAAAAAAGACAAGUAGAUGAGACAGAGGGUCGCCUGUGGGCUGACAGUCGAGGGUUCCAGUACUUCGAGACCUCGGCACUCAAUGGGGAUGGAGUUAAUGAAAUGUUUCAGGCAUUAUUCGAGGGUGUAGUGACAGCCAUUGAAAACGGAGGGAAGCGAGUGCCGAUCGUGACCCAGCUUGGCUACACUCGAGAACAGAUAGACGCCAUACAGAGGCUCAAGAAUGCCAAGAGUGACUUUGACAGACUCGGGCUGAGGGAAGGGGCAAGCAAGGAUGAGGUUAACAAAGCUUACAAACGUCUGGCUGUUCUGCUCCACCCGGAUAAGAAUGUUGCUCCUGGUAGUGAAGAAGCCUUCAAGAUUUUGCUUGCCUCUCGUACAGCGCUGCUCAAACGAUGCUCCUGAUUAAACAUAAGCCUUACAUUUAAAUCAUCUUCUGAAAAACGCUGUGAUAGUUGUAUUUAUUUAUUUAUACAUAUACAUACAUAAAUGUAUUUCUACAAAUACAUUUGUAAAUUUUUUCUUAACGUUGAACGUAAUUGUACUACAAAGUUAAAAAAAUAUGAAAAAGAAGAUAACUAUUUUACCUAUAGAUGACAACAAGUUUUUAAUGUAUUUAACAAACUAGAAUAUUUGCCUUCUAAUAGGGGCAAUGAAAAACUGUUUAUUAUUAUUUUGAAUUUAAGCUAGCGACCAUAUUUCAUCAUGACUUUUAGUGGGUAUUUUUGUUGUCAGCCCCGUGAAAUAUAAAAUUGUUAUUGCAUAAUAGUUUACAAAUGAAACAUUAGCGUCGUAAAUGAACAAUUUAAGUUUUGUCUGCAUGUAAAUGUGUUCAACAGAUGGCUUUGAAUGAAAAAGAUUUACAAAGUAACAACAACACCUUAGGUUGAAGGGAUAACACUGUAUACACAAAUGAUAUCUGUGAUGCAUAUCUGACAGUAGUAUUAAGCAACUUGCCCCAAUUACUCAAAAAAUUCUUAAGUCCCUUUUAAUGGGCUUAAGCUGAUAAGCUAGUUUGGGUAUAUUUUGUGUAAUACUUAUGUCUUUAAGUCUUUUUAAACUUAAUGAGUUAUCUUUAUGAUAUUCACAAUAAGCAAUUUUUAUGUAUCAAAAUCAAAUUACUUAAGUACCAUAUGUAUUUUGGCUAAAUGAUAUCAGCUACUUAUGCCUGUUAAGCUGAAGAAGUUUCGAGAAAUUGGGGACAUGUUUCAAUUGUAUACUUAAAUAUUCAUUACAAAUAUCAUACAAAUAUUCAUGGAUUUGCAUGUUGUGUUAUUAAAUGUUUUUUGUCUGAUCUAUAUAUACUUGCACAUUAUCAUUAUCAUUACAUGUGUUAACUUUGGAUGUAAUUUGAUCUACAGCGUUUAAUGAUGUGUAUGAAUUUUGCAUUAUGGUGGUGAGUGGGCAUCUGGUCAGUUGUCAUACCACAGUGCUUUAGAACAUGUCCUCAUAUUAUCGCAACAGCAAGAGAAAAUCAAAAAAAUCUGAACAGAUACUCUACAUACAAAUUUAUGGAUCCCUCUAUCAUUAUGAUAUAAUCACAAAUCAAUAUGAACUAUAAUUAAUUUGAUCAAAAUGUUUAAUUGUCAAGUUAUGUUAAUUUAAUAGUUGUAAAAUGACAUUGAGGCAAGUUCAUUCAGUGACCACAUAUAAUUUUGAUAUCUUGUGACCACAUAUAAUUUUGAUAUCUUGUGACAACAUAUAAUUUAGAUAUCUUGUGACUACAUAUAAAUUUAAUAUAUUGUGACCACAUAUAGUUUAGAUAUCUUGUGACCACAUAUAAAUUUGAUAUCUUGUGACCACAUAUAAUUUUGAUAUCUUGUGACCACAUAUAAUUUUGGUAUCAUUGGCAAAGAUGUUGCUUACAGAUUACUAUUAUGUAAAGUAAAUGACUGAAAAUAUAUAAAUUAUUAUGUUAUUGGAGGUUGUAUAUUGUUCAUAAUUUCAACUGAAAUUGCAAAUGAAAUAAAUACAUAUAAUACAUUCAUGUAUUCACUGAAAUAAAACACAUCAAGAAUAUUACUUCAUAGCAUAAUACACUGCCAUUAGAUGUGAUUGCAUUGUUUGUAACAUUUCUAGAAAAUGGAUACAAUUCAGUCAUUAGAAACCUUAAUAAUACAUGUAUGUAACAUUGUUUUUUAUCAGAUAUUGUUUGUUUAUGGUUGGUUAUAUCUUUAAAGUGAUGUGUUUUAUUGUUAAAAUGUCUUUGCUUGUGUUUGAAAAUUUGUGUUAUGAACUAUUUCUUAAUUGUCAAUAUGUAGCGAUAGAGGGGUCUGGGGGUAUGAUAAUAACAACAUGAUAUGGCAUUAAAUAAUAUGUUAUUUAACAGGCAGGUUAGAAUGCUUUAACUUACCUAUGAGUACCGUCCAUUGUUUUUAUUUAUUUAGGGUGUAUAUAUUUAUGCUACUGCAACAUUGUAAUUUAUUUUAAUAAAAUAUUUUUACACA